GACCAUUUGAACCAUUUGAAGGUGAUCACUGUGCGCAAGAUACGAAUCAAUAAGAUAUGCGUGUCUUGUCUUAUUGCUUAAAGUCGUUGGGGGUGUCGAGCAAACUUUUGUCUCGAGGCUUCAUUUCUGCCAGGUUCAGGUCAACCCUCAGUCCAGAAGAUGUAGGCUUUUUUUCAUCCUGUCAGUGUAUACUUUCCAGAGGAUGCGUUACAUACAUUGGUGCUCUUUCGUUUUCCUUGCAGGGUCAUUCACUGUAGGUUCAGUCUUACUGACAAGAGACCUUGCAAAAGCCAAAAAAAUAUCAGAAGGAAAAUAUGGUCUGCCAUCUAUUGGUGGCGAUUUCAAUUUGGUUGACCACAAUGGAAACCCAUGUAAAUUAGCUGAUUUCCGCGGAAAAUGGGUUCUGUUGUACUUUGGGUUCUGCAGAUGUCCAGAUAUAUGCCCAGAACAAAUAGAGAGACUUGUGGAAGUAUCUGACAGAAUAAUGCUUAUUGAAAAACCCAAGUAUCCCUUAGUGCCUGUAUUCAUGUCUGUCGACAGCGAACGUGAUACCCCAGAUAUUUUAGCUAAAUACGUUAAAGAAUUUUCACCACAUCUGAUCGGGCUGACCGGUACUAAAGAAGAAAUUGAUAAAGUUUCUAAGCUCUAUCGUAUUUAUUACAGUACAGGACCAAAAGAUGCAGAUGGCGAUUAUAUUGUUGACCACACUGUUAUAAUGUACUUACUGGAUCCGAAAGGACAAUUCUCCGACUAUUAUGGACAAGUUAAACCAGUACAGGAGAUAGUACAAAAUAUUACAGAAAAAAUGAAUGCAUACAAAGACUAACACUUCGUAUGUUUAUAUGUUCACAUAUGUAUAGUGGAUUACUACUCUUUUAUUGUGUAAUCUGUUCAUUUUCAGUCAAAUAUAAACUACAAUAUUAUUUACCUUUAGUAGUUAGUCUAUAUUGAUGGAUGGAUUUCUUUUAUUUUACUUUCUAAAUUUAAUUACUUGGUAUCUGAAAAAUUUGUGUAGUUAAUUUGACUAAUCUUCGUUCACUGAAACGACUUCCUACUGUUACCAUUAAAAGUAGAAUUAGAAAUAUUUUCCGUAUAUUUAACUCUAUAUAUUUUAUUAAGAUUUUAUACGGCGCGUCGGUGAAAGUGACCAUUUUACAUGGAUAUAAGUAGCAAUUAUUUGAACUUUGUUACUGAUAAAUACAAAAGUUCAGAAUUAUUACACUUAACGUCAGUGGUUUCAAGAAGUUAUUUUGGUAAAAAGGGAUAUUAUAGCAAAGAAAGUAAUUAAUUUACUAGAGAUGCUAAUGUUAUCCAAUCUCUCAACAGAUCAAAUAGCACUCUUCAAGGUGUAUACAGUUAGUUGUUGAUGAAAUGAUUCUCACAUCUCUGCUAGAUAGUUGGCUAUCUUCUGUCAUGCUGAAUUAAUCAUUAGUUAUAUAGGUCUGAGUGGGAUGUUCGAUAUGUGUAUCUUUGAUAGACCACACAUGUAUGGCAAAUAAAACCACUUAAGCCUUUAAUAACUAUACGUAGAGCUGUCAGUGAUUCUUUUCUCCUUUGAAUUAGUCAAGUUUGCUAUAUUUGUCUAUGCUAGUCAUUUAAAAUGGACUAAAUUUUGGUAACCUUUAUUUGGCUGCAAUAUUAUUAUCUUGUCUUUGUUUUGUAAGUGUGGCAAUCAAAUUUCGUGUUCAUUAGAUAGUAUUCUCAAGUCUGAAGUGGGUGAGGUAAAGUAGUAGUUACCGAUAUCGACUAAUUUAUAUUGAAACCAACCCUUAUUGUUCUCAUUUACUGAAUUCCAGUCCUUCAACCUGUCAAAAAGUUUGCUUAUUGAGCUCUAGCAUCCAUUUUAUCAAUAGUCUUAUAGGAUAUGAAAUUUGAAUCCAUAUGCAGCUUCAUUCUCUAUUUUGUUUAAUUCUAAACUCAAUAGGUUAUAAAAAAUUUUAAUUGUUACUCAAAAACCAUAUAAUUGUUCUUUCAAAAAUGUCGUCUACAGUUUUGCGAAAUUUCUCGCAUACUCUGUUUCGAAAAUCCCGGAUGUAGGGUUUAUUGUUAGACAUAAAAAAAUUAAAGACAAUCCGAAAGAAGAUAGUCAUUGGAAGGGGCUGCCUUUACCUAUCUGAGUUUUGAUCAGUCAAAAUUUUGCGAAGAAAUUUGGCAGACGACUUAGCAUUGGAUGCUAUAAAAUCUACCCCGAAGCCAAACUUAUAAUCUUGUGUAAAGCAUGUGCAAUCAAGAGUUGACAGAUACUUUUUUCAUUUUAGCAACGAUUAUAUCUGUAUUGGCAUUACGGUUUCACUUGGUGUACUGCAUCUGAGAGGCUCGUGGAAAUUUCUCUAAGAGGCAUUAUUUUCUUUAGCAGAGUCUUCAGAUCAUAUCCCGAGAAGUCUUCGUUCAAUAAAAAUAAAGGUGUGUAGUAGUACAGUAAUUUCUAAGCGUUUCUCGGGCACGAGACAUCAGGUGGACUUUAUGUGAUAUUCCAAAUUGGUUAGUAGGCAACCAAACUCUAGUCUACUAAAAUCUCAAGCUUCUGCUAUCAAGCAUAAAAAAAUUGACUCGUGUUCAAAAACAAGCGUCAGGGUAACCCAUGUAACGUAACUUACAUGGUUAGGUCAGAUUUUUAACGUCCCUUCAUUUGGUCAAUUCCUCGCAUUAUUUCCUGGUUCUCUUUCGAUAGGUUUACUUCAAACUGACUUAGCUUCAUUUAUUUUAUUAUUCUUUUGAGAUUUUGCUCACUACAUAAUCACUUAUUUCUAGCCCCUUUGGUUUGUUGUUUUGCUUUCAGUGUUCUCGAGUAUCCUCCAUACGACAUCGUAAUAUUUUAUUCCAUCUCUUAACCUUAUUCAGAUAUUUACCAUAAUAAUUUCCAAGCUACAUUACAAUUUUGAUUUUUGAAUAUUAUAGAUUGUAGUGAGUUGAUGAGAACCUAGUUCAGAGAACUCAAUACUAUCGACAACGAAUACAGAUAUUUGAAUAAAUUAUAUAAUUUCCAACAACCAGUUCACCAUCCAUCAGUACAAAUAAUUGUUGAAUGUAUUCUUGUUAUAAAUAAUAGAAAUAAACUUGAUUAUUGCAUCAUUAGACCAAUAACUUUGUAGGUUUGUAGUUCAAGUCAUAUGUUUCGUUAAUUCUACCUAUGUAAAUAACUGAAUUCAUGUUAUUUUACCUAACUUAUUGUUCCUUUACUGUACUCAAUGUUAGAUUGCCCUUUCUGUGUUCACUCAGGUAAGGCGAUCAUGAUAAUCUCUAAACAAACCUAAAAUCUACUAACAAAAGAUAUUGUAUAUCACUGUUGGCAUGGGUUAGAUUUAUCCUGUUGUUGAUGCUAAGGACUGGUGGAUCCCCGAAUAGGGCAUGACGCAUGUCUUGAAUUUCAUAGCUACCCAAAAUACAUAUUUUAUUCGUCCUAUGAUUUCACAGUUACUUUGAUGAUUUUAAUAUUCCAUCUAGAAUAAAUAACGUGAAGAAAAGAGUAUUAAAAGUGAUCACACAAUGACUGACAAACGAGGUUUCUAUUGAUAUUAUUAUUGCUAUAAAUCUGUUCAUUUAAACGUCAAUUUAAAACUACUUAUCUAGUUUAUAAGUAAAAAUAUGCUCAUAUAUGACAAUAUCAAAGUUAAGGUAUUCGGCAAAAUGUACAAUUGAUUCAAUAAGAAAAAUGAAACGGGAAAAACCAUGUAAAGAUAGUAUCUAAAAAUUGACGUCUGAAAGUGGUAGCUUGAAAAUCAGAGAACGAAUGGUCAAUUUUGAAUGAUCAAUCGGUGCAUACAUUUAUACCAGAAUCAUAUGUAUUCGAAGAAGGGUCGAUUUGAGAAAUAAGUUAACAUCUUAAAUCUAACCGCUCAUGAUAAACACAACUACUUAACCAAUACACUUCCAGGCAUCACUAAAGCCAUCACCUUAAAGCAUUGAAUAAGUUUAAUUUCUAGAGUCUAUACAAAUUUGCAUGAUAGGGCAACAAUACAUAGAAGUAUAUAUAAAAAAACAUCCUGGUUAUUCUAUUAUAGAAAAUUUCUAACUAUAGUCUUUCAAGGUCAUCUUAGUGUAGCAUGUUCAACUCCUCUUAGUACUAUCAUUGUUUACAUUUCCGCUUAUCGUCUAUGCACUCGUUUUAUCUUUUCACUAAAAAAAUAUCCCUAAUACAAUCCAAUUACAAUGAUGUGACUUUGUGAAAUGUUGUAGAAGUAUUAUUCAAUUGAUCACCACUGUUUAUGUUAUAAGUUGUCAUUGCACUAGGGUUUGUAUGGUUCAUUUUACAUAUUUCUUUACAUUUUGUUAAUAAGGAUUCAUCUAUUGAAUUAAGACGGGAUAUUGUUAUUAUUUCUUCACUUUUUGUCCGGUGAUGACAUAAUGUUUUUUGGAAAUGUUCCCCGAUUUCAUUGAUAGUAGAUUGCUAUAAAAUAGAAAGCAAAUUUAAUAUUUAAAUGUAUGAAUGGGAAGUAUUAGUAAAUAAAAAUAUAAUAAAUGAGUGUGUGUGAACAAUUUAUCAUAUGGUAUCGAAAUAGGUUAUUGAUUAUGUUAGAAUUUUAUAUUACUGGUAAAAAGUGAUUAUAAUCAAACCAAAUACUGUCCUUCAGGUAAUCUACUCGAUGGAUUGAAUUAAGAUUAAUUAAAGUGACCGGUUUAUUUGAUAUCUGGAUAUAAUGUAAUAGCCUGGUUCUGUAUACCUUGAACAUUUCGUUAAACUCUGAAGGAUUAUUAAGUUAUCCCAUGUGAAAUGAAUCUGCAUACUUUUUCUGCUCGUUUCAAAUUUGAUCUGCUUUUUAGUUAUGCCUGAAAUAAAAUCUCUCUCAAACUUCGCAUCUGGCUUGUUGAUAUCCAGCGGUUCUGGUGAAGUUAUCACGGCCAAAAUAGUAUGAACUGAUCAGUUGAUGAGAAAUACCUAUGAUGGCGUAGCGAAGAUUAGUACUUUCUAUUAUACUACAAAGUGACAUCGACUGAUGAAUUAUUGAGACUGUCAUCUAGUAAAAUGUUCUACUCUCAGCGUAAAUAAGUAUAUUAGUCAUAACAAUUGAAGUUGCAAUCCAGUAGAUUAUAUGUUACAAGUUCAUGUUAUAGUGAUGGCUUGAAGUUGAUUAUCCCAAAUUAUUCUACUAAUUCAUCUCUACAUAAGGCAAUAGCUUAAUUCAGUUCUUAUGAGUAUUGUAAACCUUCCAUAAUAAUUUGACUUCAAUAUAAUGAUACAUGUACUUUUGUCUUCCUCACUGUUGUUUUGAUUUAUCCAUUGUAGUUGACAUUUCCACUAUUGUAUUCCUUAUUUUCAUUUUUAUAAAUGUAGUAUGUACAAUAUGUAUUUCAGUGUGCGUUACCUACUUCGUUUUGAAUAGUUAGACGUGCCAUUACUUAUUUGUAGCUCAAAGUUUUGUUGUAUGGAAAUUUCUGAAGAAAACCAGUGGUUUGA